AAGCUGAUUAUCAGGCGUCGUUAUUCAUCUCAGCACCGUGAGACAAUUCGUCCGGGCAGCAAAGUUUAUCAGUGUACGACAUGCAGGUACAAAACUGCGCACGAAGAUCGUUUCCAGGAACAUCGCAUCGAUCAUGCUGUGCGUAUCCAACAGCGUCUAACGACAUCAAUUAAACGGGCUGCACAAGGUGGGGAUCGUUGGAUAAAGCCAAGAUUUACCCGCAAAGGGACGCGUGUCGCAAAUCAGCUAACAUGCUCCAAAUGCUCCUUUUAUUGUGACACUGCCGUAGCAUACAAUACGCAUAUCGAGAUGCAUGGGGCAAAGUCGAUUUUCACAUGUUGUGUUUGCGACUAUUCAUCAAUGACAAAGAACGUUGUUGAUUUUCAUGAAGCCAAUCAUCAUUUGAGCGAGUCGCUUUCAACUUUGGCUAAGGCAAAACUGGGAAAUGAUGAUACGGAAAUGAAGAAACCGGUCAGAGAGGUACUGCGCUGUUGCCGUUGUGAUUUUACAGCGCACACCAUAGUAUAUUUCACGAAGCAUUGGGCACAAGCACAUUCCAGUACAUCGGAGGAUAAAGCGAUUGCAGGAGAGCUCGAAAUGGGUUUGAAGCAGUGCAGUGUAGCUUAA